AUGGCAUCAAUUGAAUGUGAAAUGCGUGAUCAGCCAAUCACGAAACUUGUUAUAUUUAAUGAUCGAGCUGAAGUCCGACGACAUAUUACUGUUGAAUUGAAAAAAGGAUUCAACGAAGUAAAUGUCAAUAACCACGUCAGCAGUCUCGUACAUGAUUCAUUGAGAGUUGAAGGCCGUGGAAAGGCUGUGAUUCAUGAUGUUGUUGAGAAAAUCAAGCCAGCAUUAGCUGAAGAAACGGAUUCUCCAAAACAUUCCCUAUUGAGGGCUGCUUUAAAAUCGGUAGAAGCUGAGAAGAAACAUAUCGAUGAUCAAAAAUCGAUAGCUGUCAAAAAAAUUGAAGCGUUAGACAAUCUUAUAUCGAAGAUUGGAGAUGGUGUAUUUUCACAUGAAAAUGCAUCGUUCAAAUUGGGAGAUAGUUCAUUGGAAGAUGUCACAAAAGUAUUCGAAUUCUACGAAAAACAAUCAGAGGUUUUUAAGAACGAACUUCGAAUAAUCGAACUCAAGCUGGAAGAAGUUACUGAAAGAGCGAAUAAAGCUCGUGAUGAAUUCAGAAGAGCUCAGAAUGAAGACGAAUUUUCAAAGACUUCAAGAUAUGUGUCGAUCACUGUCGAGGCUUUAGAAGACUCACGUGCUCAAUUGGAAAUCACUUAUCAAGUAUACAGUGCUGGAUGGAUACCAUCGUAUGAUAUACGUGUGAAUACCGAGGAGUCUGUCAUGAAUAUUUUCUAUUAUGGAAAAAUUUAUCAACGCACUGGCGAGGACUGGAAUAAUGUUACUCCUUACCUAUCAACAGCACAACCUGCUCUUGGAGGACAUAUUCCUGAAUUAGGAACUCUUGAGGCUAUCUUUUGGAGACCUUCUCCACCUCGAGUACCCACAAUGCGUCAAAUGACAAUGAAAAAUUCGUUGGGCGGCUGUCGUGCUGCUCCACAAAGCGCGAUGUGCAUGGAUGCAAUGCCAGUAGCCGUCACAUCGGAUGUGGUUCGAAAUGCGUUGUGUGCAGAAUUCAAGAUUGUACGUGAAUCGAAUAUUCCAAAUGGAACCCAGGACCAUAAAGUGACGAUAGGAAUUGUGCAGCUGAAUCCAAAAUUGAUUCACGAAAGUGUUCCAUCAAAAAAUGCUGCGGCUUUCUUGACUGCUUCUUCUAUUAAUACCUCGGAACUUGUUUUGCUUGCUGGAGAAGCUUCAGUUUACCUGGAUUCGGCGUUUGUAGCGAAGACCCAUCUGAAAAAUGUAUCUCCUGGAGAGCGAUUCAGUUGCAGCUUAGGUGUUGAUUCCGCGAUUAAAGUUGAAUACAAACCAGCUAAGAGAUACCAUGAAGAAGGCGGAUAUAUUAACAAACAUUCAUCGAAUAUUACGUCGCAGACAAUUAUGGUGAAGAAUACAAAGAUGGAGCAGCCAGUCUUGCUUACUAUCAAACAUCAUGUGCCGCGAAGUACCGACGAGAAAAUAAAGGUUCAUUUGAUUCAACCACAUGCGCUUCCCUUCGAUCCAACUGCCGAAGUAUCAUCCGAAAUUGCGGAGCCAAGUGAAGGUGCCAAGCUAAAUUCGAGUAAUAAUCUCGAAUGGUCUGUCAAAAUCAAACCGGGACAAACUCAAGAACUUGUUAUCAAAUGGUCUGUGGAACACCCGAAAAACGAAAAAGUCGAAUACAAUGAAGUAUUUUGA